ACAGUGAAUGUGGAGAUGGCAGAGACCCGCACCACAGACCUGGCCCAGGCCAUGGCCGACAUCCGUGCCGAGUACGAGGCCGUGGUGGAGAGCAACCGCCGCCAGGCCGAGGGCUGGUACAUGACCCAGGUAGAGAUGAAGAAGGCUCAGGUGAUGGAGGUUGUGAACUCUGAAAGCUCAGACAUGAGCGAGGGACGGAACCAUGCCACGGCCCUGCAGAUUGAGCUGGAGGCCUUCUACAUGGCAAAUGCCAACCUGGAUGAUCGUCUGUCGGAGGUGGGUCUGCAGUUCCACCAGCGCCUGGUGUCGGGGUCUAAGCUGGUGUCGGGGCUGGAGCAGGAGCUGGCGUCCCUGAGGGAGGGUGCUCAGCGGCAGGCUCAGGACUACCAGAUGCUGCUGGACAUCAAGAGCCGCCUGGAGGUGGAGAUCACCACCUACAAGCAGCUGCUGGAGGGAGCCGGGGGGGUGGCCGGGGGGGUGGCCGGGGGGGUGGCCGUGGGG